AUGGGCAACAGCACGUCCCGGGUCGUCGGCUGCUUCGCGCCGCCCGACAAGGCCGCCGGCGGCGUCGACCUCGACUUCCUCGAGCAGCUCGACGAAGGGCUCGGCCACUCCUUCUGCUACGUCCGCCCGGGCGCCGUCGCCGACUCGCCCGCGAUCACGCCCUCCAACUCCGAGCGCUACACGCUCGAUUCUAGCGUCAUGGACUCGGAGACCCGCAGCGGGUCCUUCCGCCACGAGCCCGCCGACGACCUGGCGGCCGCCGGGCUGCAGCGGCCCUGCAGGAGCUUCGGCGAGACCACCUUCCGGACCAUCUCGGGGGCCUCCGUCAGCGCCAACGCGUCCUCCGCCAGGACGGGCAACCUCACCGUCUCCCUUGCCGGUGACGUGCAGGAGCCCGCCGCCGCGUUCGAGAGCACCGCCUCCUUCGCCGCCGUGCCCUUGCAGCCGGUGCCGCGAGGGUCGGGGCCACUCAACACCUUCCUGUCGGGGCCGCUGGAGAGAGGAUUCGCGUCCGGCCCGCUUGACAAAGGCUCCGGCUUCAUGUCUGGGCCAUUGGACAAGGGAGGAGCCUUCAUGUCAGGUCCCAUCGAUGCUGGCAGCAGAAGCAACUUCUCAGCACCUCUUUCGUAUGGCCGGAGGAAGGCUCGUCUGGGGCUUCUUGUACAUAGGAUUAGCAGACCCAUGAAAACCGCAUUGUCCAGAACAUUCAGCAGGAGCUCACAGAAUCCAGGCUGGGUUCAGAAGUUUCUGAUGCAUCCAAUGUCUCAACUGCCCUGGGCAAGGGACGCAAAGUCCAGAUCAGAAGGCUCACAGAAUGGGUUGGAAGCUGGGAUACCUGAACCUGAGUAUAAUGUGACGAGGAACCUUCAGUGGGCUCAUGGAAAGGCAGGGGAAGAUAGGGUUCAUGUUGUUCUAUCUGAAGAGCAAGGAUGGCUGUUCAUUGGAAUUUAUGAUGGUUUUAGUGGCCCUGAUGCACCUGACUUUCUAAUGAGCAAUCUAUACAGGGCCAUUGAUAAAGAACUGGAAGGACUGCUCUGGAUUUACGAAGACAGCUCUGAAAGGUGUGACCAUGUAUCUAAUCUUGAAGAGGGUGAAUCAGUUGCUGCUUCUGUGGAUGCUCCUCAUGGUGAUAGUGGCCGGUUCCAGAGUGACAAUGGGAAACAGGAACAACUUGGUAAUUUUGGAAAACAAAAUGUCUCACCUGGAAAGGGUGGUGAUGAAAGUGCCUUGCAAGUUCAACCAAACUGUACCGGCUGUGAAGAGAAAGAUUUGACUGCACAGGAUUCAAGUAGUGAGAAGUUGGGCAGGGAUGAGAUAGUUGAGGAAAUGGCUGGAGCUGAUCUGGGAAAUGAUCUCCAAAACAGAGAAUCUCACAACUCGAACAGAAGUGUUUCAGGUGCAGAUCUUUACACCAGCUGUAGCUGUGCAACAGAAACCAGUGCCUAUUGUGAUCAGCAUGCCAAGUUCUUGAAAGAAAACAGAAAGAGUAAGCGUCUUUUUGAGCUUCUUGAGAUGGAACUGCUAGAAGAUUAUAACAAAAGGUUAUCUAAGGCGUCACCAGAGAAAAGGAAAAUACCGAGCUUGCAUGUUGCACAGGAAGGCACUGUAGAAGGGAGCUCAAGAAACGCAGCUGAGAUCUCCAGGUGUUCAUUGGCAGCAACUGGAGAAUGUUUUGAUGAUUCUGAAGAUCUUGGAAGUUCAAGACAUGCUGAUAGUGUACUUGGCACAGAUCUUAAAGAGUGUACAGGGUGUUCAAUGUCUACAUCUUCAUCAGGGCACAAGCAAGUUACGAGAAGAUUUGUAUUCGGAUCAAAGUUGAGGAAGAUGUACAAAAAGCAAAAAAUGUUGCAGAAGUUUUUCCCAUGGAACUAUGAUUGGCACAGAGAUCAACCUCAUGUUGAUGAAAGUGUUAUAAAAUCUUCAGAAGUCGCUAGGAGAUGUAAGUCAGGGCCAGUAGAGCAUGAUGCUGUAUUGAGGGCAAUGUCACGAGCACUUGAAACAACAGAGGAAGCAUACAUGGAAAUUGUGGAAAAGGAGCUUGAUAGACAUCCAGAGCUUGCAUUAAUGGGUUCAUGUGUCCUUGUAAUGUUGAUGAAGGACCAGGAUGUAUAUGUCAUGAAUCUUGGGGAUAGCCGAGCAAUCUUGGCACAGGACAAUGAUCAGUACAAUAGCUCAAGUUUCUCAAAAGGAGAUUUACGACAUCGAAACAGGUCAAGGGAGUCACUUGUCCGUGUCGAACUUGAUAGGAUAUCAGAAGAGUCGCCGAUGCAUAAUCCUAACAGCCACCUAAACAGCAAUACAAAAGCUAAGGAACUCUCAAUUUGUAGAUUAAAAAUGAGGGCAGUGCAACUGUCAACUGACCAUAGCACGAGUAUUGAGGAGGAAGUCUUGAGGAUUAAAGUAGAACAUCCUGAUGAUCCCCAAGCUGUCUUUAAUGAUAGAGUAAAGGGACAGCUGAAGGUUACUAGAGCAUUUGGUGCUGGUUUUCUAAAGAAGCCAAAAUUUAACGAGGCACUACUUGAGAUGUUCCGCAUCGACUAUGUUGGAACAUCACCAUAUAUCAGCUGCAACCCUGCUGUACUUCACCAUCGUCUCUGCGCAAAUGAUCGGUUUCUUGUAUUGUCGUCAGAUGGAUUGUAUCAAUAUUUCAGCAAUGACGAGGUAGUUUCGCAUGUGUUGUGGUUCAUGGAAAAUGUACCAGAGGGAGACCCAGCGCAAUACCUUGUAGCUGAACUUCUUUGUCGUGCAGCCAAGAAGAAUGGAAUGAAUUUUCACGAGUUACUGGAUAUCCCCCAGGGUGAUCGCCGGAAAUACCAUGAUGAUGUUUCUGUUAUGAUUCCUAUUCUCGUUGAGGACCUGUUGGUUACAACCAGGAAGUUCAACAGGAACAAAAGAUUCCAGAGGAAUGUGGUGGACUGGUGGUUAUCGGCCCAUGAUGAAUCAACCUCAACUAUGAGAUAA